AUGAUAAAUGACGAUAGAUUAGGUAUUAGCUCUAAAAAUGAUAUAAUAUCGGUAGAAUGGCACUGCAAAGGAAUUCUCACUACUUUGGAAGAUGAAAAAGUGAAAAAACUUCUGCACCGUUCUUAUAAAGAAGUUAGCGCCACUGAUCUGUUGUUCACAAAUUCAGUUUAUCAUAUACGAAAUACGCCAAGUCAUCCAGCUGAAAAAGAGUUGAUAAAAGUUACUGAAGAUGGAACAAUAUCGACAAUAUUUUUGCCACCUAAUGUCACUCCGUUGCUACAACCAAUGGAUCAAAACGUUAUACGGCUUGUUAAGUUACACUAUCGCAAUAGUCUUUUGAGCAAAAUUGUGGCUGAAGGUUGUGACAAUAUUUCAAGCGCUCUAAAACAAGUUAAUAUUUAUGAUGCAGUUUCCCUUUUGUCAUUUGCUUGGCAAAAAUUGUCAGAAGAUCUUAUCAAAAAGUGUUGGGCUAAUAUUUUGUCAUUUAAUUCUAUUGAGUUCGAUGAAGAGGACGAUAUACCUUUGGCUCAGCUUAUACCACGAACGAAUGAUAAUGUAACUGAAACAACCAUUACAUUACUUCAAAAUGUUUUUUCUAAUUGUGACAUUAGUACAUACGAAGUUAAUAAAUGGAAUAAUGCUGAUAAUACCAUCGAUGUCUCGGACGAGGAUGAUGGAUCUGAUGACGAAAAUAUAGAAGAAAAUAAUUUAGAAAUUAAUAAACAUGAAGAUGCCAUAAAUCAUUUCGAAAAAUGCAUAAAGUGGGCGAUUAACAAUAAUGAAACUUCAAAAUUAGCUGUACUAAGAGAACUACAAGAAAAAGCUGUUCAGAAAAAUUUUGAGUGUAGUAAAAAACAAACAAAAAUUAAUGAUUUUUUUUACUCUACACUAUGA